AUGGUGACAAUUUUUUACGAAUGCAUGAGUGGAAUAUUCAGUUCCUCAUGUUAUUUUGUGAUCUAUGGAUUUUUGGUUUACGUCACAAUUCCGCUGAUUUUCAAGAUUUAUCCAAAAAUCGUCUUUGAAAGAUUAUUUCUUAACAGAGUCUGCCCACCUGUAUGGUUGCUGAAGCUGAACAAACCAGACAAAGCCUACAAUCUUAAAGAGAGCAAGAACUGUUAUGUGAAGUCUUCGAGUGGAAGUACUUUAGGCGUUUGGCAUAUUCCGCCAGUCACUCAGUACGAUACUCCAGAGGUCAAAUCAGGGUCAUUACAAGACGCUGAGAAAAUCAUCAUUUAUUGCCAUGGCAACUCGUUUCAUCGUGGUUUCAAGCAUCGAAGAGAUUUAUAUUCAGAGCUGCAGAAAUCAGGAUUCCACAUCAUAGCUUUUGACUACAGUGGAUUUGCGGACUCUACCGGUCAGCCGAGCCCAACAAGAGUCGUGGAGGAUGCAAUUAGCGUGUAUAAGUGGACGGUCAAGCAGCUCCAGAAAGAAGAUGUGACAAUCGUGCUUUGGGGUCAUUCACUCGGCACUUACAUCAGCACGAGGGCGCUAUCGCUCAUGUACGACCAGAAAGAUGGCACUCGACUCCCUGACUGUCUGAUACUUGAAGCUCCGUUCACGAAUACAUAUGAUGCCGCAGACUGCUUCCCACUAUCUAAGUAUUUCUAUCUGCUCUAUCCCUUCAUGAGGUCUCAGGUUCACAAGAAUAUCAAACAAUAUGACGUAGAGCUCAGGACGGAGAAGUAUCUGCCGACAAUAAAGGCUCCUGUUAUGAUUCUACAUGCUAAAGAUGAUCAGAGAAUCGACAUUCAACUCGGUGAGACUCUGUACGAAAAGACGACCUCUGACCCCAUGUCAAAAUCUCCUUACAUUCGUUUCAUUCGAAUGCACGAGGAUUACGGAGUGAAACACUACACUGCUAAGCAUCCUGAGAUAAGGCAGUUAGUGCAUGAUUUCAUGGCUGAGGUCAAAGGUGAUCAGGAACAAGGAAGUAAAAAUAGAUUUGAAUUGAUCGAUAUUUAAUUUUUCAUUUUAUUUGUUUAAUUAGGCAAUAAAUAUAAAUGCUUUCGUCGAGUAGCAAAGAUCAAAGGUUACCAGGAACUAAAACUGAUUAAAGUUUUAUUUUUUUUACUAACCUUCAUUUUGUUAAUGAGACGACGAUUAGAGGCAAAUUGAACUUGCAUUCCUUGAAUUACGACAAGUGAUACAUGGGCUCGUUUUUGUUAAGUAAACCCCCGGCAUUGAUUUUUUCUGAAUCACUUAGAAUAGGGGUGGGCAAACUGCGAUCCACGGGCCAGUUAUGGCUGUCCGAAGUGUUUCAGUCGGCCUGUUAUGCUAUAUAUUUGUGAAUCGACUGUUUCUUAUUUGUAGUUUUGAGCCUCUGGCCCAGUAACCAAGUAUUAUCUGUAACAGGCCCACUUAGAAAAGUAAUUUCCUACCCCUUACUUAGAAUAUCAUUUUAUAUUGGUCCAUCUCAAGUAACCUAAUUAUUCAUAGACUUUUUUUGGUACUCCCAAAGUCUGUGAACCAAGAUGGUCGACACCGGAACGUAGUAUGUGUAUCAGGUUAGAGUUGGGCCAUAUUUCAAGUACAAGUACUACGGGAGUCACUUGGCUAGUC